CCUAGGUGUGAGCUGAUUAUUCAAAUAGGGCAACGCAGAAGUAGGGAUUGGAGAUUUCGCCUGGCGCACAGAGCUAUAUCACAGCGUUUACAGCCAGACACCAACGUCAUUUCAGCUCCUGUCAUCAUCAGACGCUAUUCAGCGCCUCUGGGCACCACUGUCUGAAAUCUACACAUGCUCGAGUCCCCGAGUAGAAAGCAGACCAGCGAUCUGGGUUACCGUUGGUCCGAAGUCUUGUUCUAGAGAACUUUUUUUUUAAAAAAAAAAAAACCUUCUCCAGAGAAGCUGUUGACCGGGUGGAUUCGCUGCUUCCACAAUGCUGGGUGCAGUUAAAAUGGAAGGACACGAGCAUUCAGACUGGAGCACCUAUUACGGCGAGCCCGAGUGUUACACAUCCGUUGGCAACAUGAACACCGGACUGGGGAUGAACACCAUGAACACGUACAUGAGCAUGUCGGGCAUGAGCACGGCGGCCACCAUGACGCCGAGCUCCAUGAACAUGUCGUACGUGAACACGGGCAUGAGCCCCUCUAUGACGGGCAUGCCAGCCGGGGCCGGCUCCAUGAACGGCAUGGGCCCCGGGAUGGCGGGCAUGAGCGCGGCUCUCAGCCCCAGCAUGAGCCCGAUGACCGCGCAGCCGCCGUCCAUGAACGCCUUGACGUCCUACCCCAACAUGAACGCAAUGAGCCCCAUGUACGGACAGUCCAACAUCAACAGAUCGAGGGACCCGAAAACGUACCGGAGGAGCUACACGCACGCCAAACCGCCCUAUUCGUACAUCUCCCUCAUUACCAUGGCCAUCCAGCAGUCGCCUAACAAGAUGCUCACGCUUAGCGAGAUCUACCAGUGGAUCAUGGACCUCUUCCCCUUUUACCGUCAAAACCAGCAGCGCUGGCAGAACUCAAUCCGCCACUCCUUGUCCUUCAACGACUGUUUCCUGAAAGUGCCUCGGUCGCCCGACAAACCGGGAAAGGGCUCCUUCUGGACCCUGCACCCGGACUCCGGGAACAUGUUCGAGAACGGCUGCUACCUGAGGAGACAGAAGCGCUUCAAGUGCGAUAAAAAACUCUCCAAGGAGUCCGGCAGGAAGACCUCCGAAGGCGGAUCUAACAGCAGCUCGGAAAGCUGCAACGGCAACGAGUCUCCCAAUUCCAACGCGUCCUCCUCCACCGAGCCCAAAAGGUCGCUGUCGGACAUGAAGUCCAGCCAGGCUCUGAGCCCCGAACACGCUGCGUCCCCGACAUCUCAGGCGCAGCAUCUGCUGUCGCAACACCACUCCGUCCUAGCGCAUGAAGCGCACCUGAAGCCGGAGCAUCACUAUUCCUUCAACCACCCUUUCUCCAUUAACAAUUUAAUGUCGUCGGAGCAGCAGCAUCACAAAAUGGACCUAAAGACUUAUGAGCAGGUAAUGCAUUACUCUGGGUAUGGGUCUCCCAUGACAGGAGCCUUAUCCAUGGGCUCGAUGACCAGCAAGGGGGGCUUGGAGACCUCGCCAAUAUCCACUGACACGUCUUACUAUCAAGGUGUGUAUUCUAGACCGAUCAUGAACUCUUCCUAAGUUUUCUGCAACACAAUGGACCUUUUCCAGCAAUUUGUACAUUUUGUAAAAUAAUAGUUUGUGCACACGCAUUCCAAAAUAUUUUUUUGAUGUUUCCCAAUGAUUACUAGAUGUCAAGUUUGUUUAGUAUUUUUUUUGUAAAAGGGGUGUUAAUAUAUGACAAGAUUUGUUUGUUUGUUUUCAAACUCCCACCGCAGCUUUUGAAACGGAACAAAAAACAAAACAACAAUGUUACAAAUUAUGGCACGGUAAAUACUGAAUUUAAAAUGCAAUUUGGGAGAGUGAAGUGCUUCAGACGAAUAAUUUAUCGUUUGUGUAUUUCUUAUUUAUGGCUUGUAAAUGUGUAUUCUUGUAGUUGACAACAAGGGCAGAAUAUAUUAAAGUGUUACUUGGACGUUUUGGGAACAUGA